AUGUUGCUGUCCUGUGUGCUCCUGGCUCUGGCCCUGCUUCCUCCCCCAGUAAACCCCAGUGUGGACUCCUCCUUCAGGGAAUGCAGCCAGUUCCUGUACCGGGGCCUGGCCCCAAGGGGCCUCCAGGGGACUCUGGGCCUCCAGAAGGUUUGCCAGCAUUACGGGGAUAAGGCGCGCUACGCCACCCUGUACGACCCAGCAGGCAGGAUCCCCCUCUUCUCCGCCUACACCUUUAAACGCUCCAAUGGUGAGAGCAGGGAAGGUCUGCCCUGGAUGUACGAACCACAGCUGUCCAGUGGCUCUGGGACAGGUAACAUGCAGCCCUUCCCCCGUUCUCCCUCCAGCCUCCUGGCCCUAGAGGAGAGCCAGGCCGUGCUGGCCGACUACUCCGACGCAGUCGUCUACGAGCGUGGCCAACUGAACCCCGACCAGCACCAGGCCAGUCCUGGGGACAAGGCCUCGACCUACACCCUGACCAACGUGGUUCCCCAGGCUAAGGAGUUCCUCCACCACCACUGGCUACCCUACCUGGAGGACAUCCGCAAACGCCUCAACAACUAUUGUCGCGGAACGGCUUACGUCAUCAGUGGCGUCACCACCACUGGUAACACCAUCCGGAGAGGUAACGUUAACCGGGUGGGGGUACCGAAACAUCUGUGGACAGCCUACUGCUGUCCUGAUUUUGAUCUCAGCACGCCGUAUGAGCUCAGGUACAAGUUCCCUACUUACGCAGCCUACGGGCUUAAUGACGUGGUAGAUAACGCGGUCACGGAGACGUCGACGAAGAGCGUGGAGGCGUUGGUGAAUAGAGAGAUGGCUGUGGAUCAGGACUUCCAGCUGUUCAAUGGAAACUGUGUCCCUGAAAUGUGA